UAUCAUGUCGACGGCUAGUAUCUUCUUCUUCUUGUUAGCUCUUGUUGCGGUGGGAGUUUUUGCCUCCGAUCCGGAGCUUGUCUCGGAUUACGCUGCUGCUCCCGCCGCCACCAACGCGAGCUUCUUCACUUUCACUGGCUUUCGCAGCGAUGUCACGGCUCCAGCGGGAACUUUCCUGGUGAAGAAGGCAUCGCUCGCGGAAUUCCCUGGUCUGAAUGGCCUCGGCGUCUCCAUGGCCAAGCUCUCCUACCAGCCAGGCACGACCAAUCCCCCGCACAUCCAUCCCCGGGCCGCGGAGCUCCUCUUCGUCUUACAGGGCUCGCUCAGCGUCGGCCUGGUGGACACCACCAACAAGCUCUUCGUCCAGAAGCUCGAGAUGGGCGAUAUGUUCGUGUUUCCAAAGGGUCUCGUCCACUUCCAAUUCAACGAUGGACAGCACGAGGCCAAGGCCAUCUCGGCCUUCGGGAGCUCCAGUGCCGGCACCGUUUCCCUCCCCGUCACCCUCUUUGGGUCUGGAAUUGACGAUCAAAUCCUCAGCAAGGCUUUCAAGGUGAGCACGGACACUGUCAAGACUCUCAAAAACGCUCUCGCAGUGAAGAAAACUGCGAGGAAGCUUUGAUUCUUUCAAUGU